AUGAAAUAUGUUAUUCCUUGCUUCAUCUUUCGGCUGUUUUCCCCUCCUGUUAAAGCCUGAAUUUCCCCUCAACCAGGCCUCUCUUUUCCACUUCACAUCAGAUAUUUCUCCCCUACUUCACUGCUAAUUUCACCUCGUUUGGAUCGUUUCCCAGUGGCCAAGCCAGCCCACCUCUCCCCACUCUCCACUGCUAGUCAGGUCUCAACCUAGCUAUACCACACUUAGCGUCCAAGUUUCCAUGACGCAGUUCACACCAACGCUACCACCUUUGCACCAUGUCACGCCCCUUUCGAACUCAAUCAGCAAUAACAACAACAUUCAAGUUCCUAGGACGACGAAUUCAUGGCCGAAAUUCCAACAAUCCAAGGCACUAGUUGGCUUUGGCGAUGCUAAUUGCAUGGAACAGUUGCUUAUUCACUGCGCCGACGCCAUGGAAGCCAAUGACGUCACUCUCGCCCAGCAAAUCCUCUGGGUUCUGAACAACAUCGCACCUCCCGACGGCGACUCAAAUCAGCGUCUCGCGGCCACCUUCUUGAGCGCCCUCACCUCACGCGCCGCCAAAUCUGGGAGCUCCAAAAUGUUAGCCGCCGUCACAAGCGCCCGCAACACCGGUCUCGCCAUUCAAACGCACCGCUUCUCCAUCAUCGAGCUUGCCAACUUCGUUGAUGUCACCCCCUGGCAUCGUUUCGGCUUCACAGCAGCUAAUUUGGCCAUUCUAGAAGCCACGGAAGGUUUCUCCACCAUUCACAUCGUUGACCUCAGCUCAACACACUGCAUGCAGAUUCCCACCCUAAUUGACGCCAUCGCUUCUCGCCAUGACGUCCCUCCUCUGAUCAAGCUGACGGUAGUGGGUGCUUCUAGAAACAUCCCACCUAUAAUCGACCUUUCCUAUGACGAACUGGGUUCAAAGCUGGUCAAUUUCGCAAAGUCCAAAAACGUCGUGAUGGAUUUUAGAGUGAUUUCUUCUACUCACGCAGAUGGAUUCGCUGCUUUGAUCCAAUAUCUUGGCGUGCAGCGUCUCGUGACGGAAGCUCUGGUGAUAAACUGUCACAUGAUGCUUCAUUGUAUUCCUGACGAAACCCUAUCCGCCACUUCCACUUCAUCCCUGAGAUCACUGUUCCUGAAGGCUUUGCGGAGUUUGAACCCAACGCUUGUCGUUUUGGUGGAGGAGGACGCGGAUUUGACACCGAUGGAUUUGGUGUGCAGGCUGAGGGCUGCGUUUAAUUAUAUGUGGAUACCGUACGACACGAUGGACACGUUUCUUCAACGAGGAAGCGAGCAAAGGCAAUGGUACGAAGCGGAUAUGUGUUGGAAGAUUGAGAACGUGAUGGCGCAUGAAGGGGUUGAGAGAGUUGAGAGGCUGGAGAGUAAGAGCAGGUGGGAGCAGCGAAUGAGAGAUGCGGAGUUCCAGGGUAUUAGCUUCAGCGACGACGCCGUUUCGGAGGUGAAGGCCAUGCUGGACGAGCAUGCAGCUGCGUGGGGAUUGAAGAAGGAAGAGCAGCAUCUUUUGCUAACGUGGAAAGGACAUAAUGUCGUCUUUGCCUCUGCUUGGUUUCUUGCUUGAAUUAAUGAACCUUUUUCUCACUCUGUACUCUAAUCAAUUCACGUCAACUUCGUCA